AUGGCAUACACUAAGAUUGACAUUAACGAAGAAGAACAGUUCUUCCAAAACCAAGUUAAAGAGAUCACCCAAUGGUGGUCCCAACCUCGUUGGAGAAAGACCAAGAGAAUCUAUACUCCCGAAGAAAUUGCUAAGAAGAGAUCUAGUUUGAAGGUUGAAUAUCCAUCUAAUAGUCAAUCCAAGAAGUUGUUUAAAUUAUUAGAAGAACACGAUAAAAAUAAGAGUGUUAGUUUCACUUUUGGUGCUUUAGAUCCUAUUCACGUUGCUCAAAUGGCCAAGUACUUGGAUACCAUUUAUGUUUCGGGAUGGCAAUGUUCAUCUACUGCUUCCACUUCCAAUGAACCAUCUCCGGAUUUGGCUGAUUAUCCAUACGAUACCGUUCCAAACAAGGUUGAACAUUUAUGGUUUGCGCAAUUAUUCCACGAUAGAAAACAAAGAGAAGAACGUUUGAGUUUAUCCAAGGAAGAACGUGCUAAGACUCCAUACACUGACUUCUUAAGACCAAUUAUCGCUGAUGCCGACACUGGUCAUGGGGGGUUGACUGCUAUUAUCAAGUUGACCAAGUUAUUUAUUGAACGUGGUGCUGCUGGUAUUCAUAUCGAAGAUCAAGCUCCGGGUACCAAGAAAUGUGGUCAUAUGGCCGGUAAGGUUUUGGUUCCUGUGCAAGAACACAUUAACCGUUUGGUUGCCAUUAGAGCCUCUGCCGAUAUCUUGGGUACCGACUUAUUGGCUGUUGCCAGAACCGAUUCGGAAGCUGCCACCUUGAUUACCUCUUCUAUUGACCACAGAGACCACUAUUUCAUUGCUGGUGCCACUAAUCCAAACUCUCCAGACUUGGCUACCUUGAUGGCUGAAGCUGAAGCUAGUGGUAUCUACGGUGAAAAAUUGGCUGCCAUCGAAACUGAAUGGAAUAAAACUGCCGGGGUUAAAUUAUUCAGUGAAGCAGUCAUUGAUGAAAUCAAAUCGGGCUCUUAUUCAAAUAAAGACGCCUUGAUUAAAAAAUUCACCGAUAAAGUUAAUCCAUUAUCUGAAACUUCUAAUAAAGAAGCCAGAAAAUUGGCCAAAGAAUUAUUAGGUAAAGAUAUUUACUUUAAUUGGGAUGUUUCCAGAGCUAGAGAAGGUUAUUAUAGAUAUCUUGGUGGUACUCAAUGUGCUGUUAUGAGAGGUAGAGCUUUUGCUCCUUAUGCUGAUUUAAUCUGGAUGGAAUCUGCUUUACCUGAUUUCAAUCAAGCUAAAGAAUUUGCUGACGGUGUCAAAUCCAAAUACCCUGAUCAAUGGUUGGCUUAUAACUUGUCUCCUUCCUUCAACUGGAAUAGAGCAAUGCCUGCUGAUGAACAAGAAACCUAUAUCAAGAGAUUGGGUAAAUUGGGUUAUGUUUGGCAAUUCAUUACCUUGGCUGGGUUACAUACUACUGCUUUGGCUGUUGAUGACUUUGCUAAUCAAUACUCCCAAAUUGGUAUGAGAGCCUACGGUCAAACCGUUCAACAACCAGAAAUCGAAAAAGGUGUUGAAGUUGUCAAACAUCAAAAAUGGUCUGGUGCUGAAUACAUUGAUGGUUUAUUGAAGAUGGUUAGUGGUGGUGUCACUUCUACUGCUGCCAUGGGUGCUGGUGUUACCGAAGAUCAAUUCAAAGAAAAAGCUGCUGGUAAGAUCUAA